AUGGGGACCGAGGCUGUGACUGCUGUGCUGUUUUUCCUGCUGACUUUCCAGUGCCUGAAUGCAUCUUCCUUAUCAUCCAUGUCCUCCUACGAGUUCACAGGAUACAGGAUGCAGCACUACCUGUUGCAGCAGGACAAGCAUGGCUCCCGUGGGGCCAUAGUGGUGGCGGAGGCGCGCUCCUCUGACCACCCGAGCCUGACGCGCCGCUGUGUGGUCAUGAAGCUGACAGACUUCACGCUGCAGGGCUACGAGGAGGCCCUGAGGCAGAACGCUGCAGCCGUUCUCAUCCUACUGCCCAGCAACACUUCAGCAGUACCACAUGAGGUCAUACAGAGCUUCAUGGAGACUGAGUUGGAGGUGCUGCAGAGGGACUCCCUGAUGCCUUUGUACGUGGUGGCCGAGGACGAACACAUGCUUCACAUGUACGAAGAGGUGAAGCUGGACACGGCCACCAGAGCCUCCUCCAUCCUGGUCAGAGUUUUCCGGAGCAUGGUGACAGCCACUGCAUUUCAGAUUUUUGUAAGCAACAGCAAUCCAGUCAAGGCCGUUACAGAUCAUACCAUCAGCACACUGGAGGGAGUUCUUCCUGGGGUGGGAGAGGACCCCCAGACGAUUGUCAUCACGGCCCAUUAUGAUUCCUUUGGGCUGAGUCCGUGGCUGUCGUAUGGAGCUGACUCUAAUGGCAGUGGGGUGGCUAUUCUGCUGGAGCUGGCACGGCUCUUCCAGAUGCUCUAUCGCGACCCCCUCAGCAGAGCACCAUACCAUCUCCUGUUCUCACUCACUGGAGGGGGGAAGUAUAACUUCCAUGGCACCAAACGCUGGCUGGAAGAGAACAUGGAUCAUGCAGAAUCCAGUCUACUCCAUGACAAUGUGGCAUUUGUGCUAUGCCUGGAUACUCUGGCCAAUGGAGAUGAGCUUUACUUGCAUGUGUCCCGCCCACCUAAGCCUGGCACUCCACAACAUGAUUUUAUCUAUCAGCUGGAGCAGGUGAUCGCUUCCAGGUUCCCCUGGGUGAAGUUUGACAUGAUCCACAAGAAGAUCAACCUGGGGGAGCCCACCGUGGCCUGGGAGCACGAGCGCUACGCCAUGCGCCGCAUCCCUGGAUUCACACUCUCCCACCUGGAGGACCCCAAGUCAGCACAGCGCGGCUCCAUCCUGGACACAAUGGCUCAAGUGGACAUGAGAAAACUCAAAAGAAAUGCUGUCAUCAUUGCUGAGUCUUUGGCCCGGUUCAUGUACAAUCUUUCCGACAAGGGUUCACCAAAAGAGAUGCCGGUCUUCAAGGGCCAAUUGGAGGUGCUUGACAGUCGCUUAUCAGCACUGAUGUCGUUCCUCACCUCUGUCCCUCGAGCCACACAGCUGAUGGACAAGGAACCAGCGCAGAACCUCAUGAUCUCCACCUUAGAACACGAGCUCAAGCAACAUCUGCUGCAGGUCUACAGACACAACUUUAAACAAGACCGCAGGGAACCCGAGAUCACUUUCCACGACCAAAUGAACCAACCCAUGACGAUGUAUAGGGUGAAGCCUGCCGCAUUUGAUCUGUUCCUCGGGGGCUGCAUUGCAGCAUAUUUGGGAAUAAUCUACUAUGCCAUUCAGAAUUUUGGUCACAUUUACGGUAAACUGAAGAUAGCAGUGAAGUCCAAGCACCAGUGAAGCAGCCCAGCUUCCUGCUAGGAUUUUCCAUGGGGUCAAAAAUGAGCUCACAGUAUCUACUCUCCCGUUUAUCAAGUAUUCCUGGCUUACCUCAAAACAACAACCAUCACAGGAACCACAAAUCAGUUACACUUAGCACUACGGCUUUUCUUUUCUCUUAAUUUGAUGCUAUUUGGAAAGUGUUGGGAAACAAAGAAUUUUAGUCAGAUAGGGAUGUUUUUAAUGAACAACAUUUCUCAACAUUGUCUUAAAACCAUUGUGUUGCAACUAAAUUUAGUUAGAAAACGUACAAGUAUAUCAGAUUACAUGGUAGCAUGGGAAUAUUUAUGUAUUCUGUUGUGAGGUUACACAGAAAUGUUUUUUUAAUCUUCCUUUAGUGUCUUAUAAUGUAUUUUGUAUGUUUUUCAUU